AUGCUUACGGAUACAUUAAAAAGAAAAUUAUUUCAUAGAAAACAAAAAAUGAAGAAUUUUGUUAAUCACGAAGAAUAUAUUGCUCGCAUUGCUAAAUCAUUGUAUUACGUUCAUGUACCCCUUUCAGAUUGCACAAGUUUACCAGUUACAGAAUUAGCAGCUGAAAUUUUUUCUCAGGCAAAUAAAUUUAGUUUAAAUCGACUUGACAUUGAAAAGGCUGCUUACUACACAAGAAAUGGAUGUGUUUCACCUAGUUUAUUGGUUCUUGCUCUUUUAUAUUUAGAAAGGUUAAAAACUUGUAACCCAAAAUAUCUGACUAAAGUUUCUCCUACAGAAUUGUUUCUUAUUUCAUUGGUUGUAGGAUCAAAAUUUUUGCAAGACAAUGGAGAAGAUGAUGUACUCUGCAACACAGAUUGGGCUGAUUUGACUGGAUUAAGCACUCAGGAAGUUAAUAAGGCUGAAAAAGAAUUUUUAAAUGCUAUAAAUUGGAAAGUUUUUGUUAGUGAAGAAGAAUUUUGGAAUAAGUUUAAUUCGUUAGAAUCUAAAGUAAAACUUCAGCAGGGAAGUAAAAGAGGAUGGUUUACUUACAGUGAAUUGAAUACACUUUUACAGUUAAUCGAUUUAUCAAACCUUGUUCAAUGUUUGUGGCAUGUUACAUCUGCUUGUAUGCUCAGUUACACGGCAAGUAUUCUUGCUUUGGUUGGUUCUGCACUCAUUGUUAGCCAUAUACCUGGUUUAGAAUUAAAGCCGAAACUCACCACGCCUGAAGUUAAAGAAUGGAAUAACACAUCACUACCUGGUCAGACACACAGUCCUAUUAUUUAUUCUGAAAGAACCGAAGAUGCAAAAAAUUUAACAACUGUAAUACCUAGAGUUUAUUUUAAUAUUAGAGAAUCGGAAUUUUUAAAUUUAUCUCGAAACAUACCUUGUAAAACUUGUUACAAAGAUAAGGAUUUGAAUAUUUGGAACAAAUGGUAUUCAUAUUUAUUGCCAACUAAUAUUAUAGAUGCUGAAUAUUUUAAUUUUGAAAAGAAGGAAUUGAAAUCAGGUUUAUUAUUUACUCAAAACUUUAAUAUGUGGAUUUGGCCCGAGUACAUAAAAAAAUUUUUCAUAAAAGAGCCAACUCCAAGAGGUUUUCACUUUAUAUCAAGCUUUUAA